AUGUCGAAACGGUUGAAUGACAAGACACGAAGCGACAUGUGUGGCCAAGGAAGCAGUGGAGAGGGGAACGGUAACAUGACUGCUGAACUGUGGGGUGAAGUGUACGACUUGCUGUGUUUAAAGAUGAAGACCGACGACGCGUAUGCCAAGUUACGUGCGAAGAGCGACAACCUGAUGUGCGACCAGAUACGUUCAAAGAUGAGGAAGCUGACUGAACCCGAGAAAGUCCCCACCACCACCACCACCACAGCAGCCACAGCAACCACGACUGCGGCGACAACAGACAUCGACACGAGGGGGACAUCCUUUUUGAAACCUGCCACACCUGCAACGCCUGCAAAAAGACGAUCACGGAAGAAAUUAUCUCUGAAGAUCUCUCCUCAAGAACAACUGACCCCUGAUGUCAGUUCAGCCCAGUCCGUGCUAGAACAGUGGUGGGAACAAACCCCUCGGGAGCCCACCUAUUCACCGAAUGCCCCUGUGACGAUGGCGACGGGUGACCUCGAUGAUCAUGAAGCGCUCAAGAUGGCCACUCUCCCUUCCAUGGAUCUGGACACGCUUCCCCUGCUCGAGGCUUCUUGGUCACCAGCAUCCCCGGAAGAGGUUCAUGUCUACUCCUCAGGUACGCCCAUGGUUUGCGACGAUGAUGAUGAUGACAACGUUGACCUGGAUCCUUAUGGAGAAGCUCAACUCACUCCCCUACAACGCGAAUGUCGUGUUUGCCGACACAACAACAUGUUAAGAUACAUCAGUUGCAACAGCGGGCAAGUGAUGUGUCAUGCCUGUGAGCUGGAGCUCAUAGACUGUACUUGUAGUAUGUUGACCUAUGACAGCAUAGUGACACAUGAUGACAUGCCUAUCGCAUCUGAGGAUCACAUCUUAUGGUGAUCCUCCUCUUCACUCGAAGAACUUUGUCAACACGCCAGCUGCAACCGUGAUCAAGUGAUGUGUCAUGUCUGUUUCAGGGAGGCCAUAGACUGUACGUGUUGAAUGGUUGGGCCUCUCACAGGUUUGAGGGAGGACCACCUCUUAGGGACUUGAAGAUGGAAGAGCUUGAAGAUGGAAGAGGAAAACGUUGUCGCGUUAUUGUUGUUGUUGUUGUUGUGGUUGAUGUAGGGACAUG